AAAGCUUAAACUUUCCAGUCUUUCUCAGACAACUGGGAAUGUAAACACUGAGAACUUGUAAACAAUUUGUAAACAAAAGGGCCCAUGGAGACUGACGCCACAGCAACAGCAUCACUAACAAACCUGACAAGAUCAAAUCAACAACAGCACCAUAAUGGCACCCAAGAAGAUGAAUGGUACUUUGUUGCUUCCGAUCCACCUCCCCAAUGCACGAGUCCUCCGCACACGGAAGAUGCUAAACACAUUCCCACACUUUACCUCCGUCGUGCUAAGGGUGACUCCACCCCACUCGACUCUCAUGUCCGGCAUCACAGUCCUCAUACUGUUGCCAAGGAUGAUGCACGGCCUCCAUUUUCCUAUAGUCAGCUGAUUUCGGAGGCAAUUUUAUCAUCUCCCACCAAACAGUGUACAUUGAGAGAGAUAAUUUCAUACAUCUCGCAAAAAUACCCAUAUUACAAGCCGGACUCCAAAGGAUGGAAGAACUCCAUCCGACAUUGCCUGUCAUUGUAUAAAAAAUUCGUCAAAUUCCCACAUUUGACCGCAGGCAGCCUCUGGAAAAUUGACCCAGGAUUUGAGUUAAAUUCUAAAAGGAAGUUGUAUCAGCGCCAGAAUUUGAAGAAACGUGCUGUUGGCAUCUCUAAAGCUACUGUCACUUCUGUCUUGGAAAGGUCUGUACAAAGUUCUGGUGGAAGUAGAUCGUCAACACCUGAGUCAUCAUCGCGGGAAGGGUCACUGGUACACAAGUAUUUUGACUUCACCGCACCGUACCCCUCGGAGUCCCUAACUGCCAUGGCUGUUAAUACUACUGCAGGUGCUGUUAAUGCUACUGCUUCGGAUGUCAUUAGAACUACUGUGGCGGAUGUUUCUAAUACUACAACAUUCUGUGCAAUAGACCGUGCCAGCAUUCAUACUAUCGAUGGUGUUAGUACUAAUGUUGUUGGUGUUCAGUCGUCCAGUUCACGUCCUAUACCACCGUGUCACCAGCAUCAGAAAGGUGUCACGGCUAGUCCCCAAGACAAUGGCAGAUUACCUGCUGCUGCUUCUCCAUCUCUUUCCAAGAAUGAACCAACAUCCCUUGAAUUUAUAUUGCAUGUGUUGGAUAGGAUCAAGAAUGGGGAGUCUGUGCGGCAUAUCGCUAGCGAGUACAAUCUCGCCUUAUCCUCAAUUGAAUGUUUCAAGAAGAAUGAAGCAGAAUUACGCAGGGCCCGUCACUUAACAGUUGUACCUAGAAAAAUCAAGUUCAUUGAGUAUCCUAUAUGUAGGAAACUUGAAUCUACUUUGGCACUACUGUUAAGAAGACUCGCAGAGAAGGGUAUUUAUUUGUGUAGUCGAGAGAUCGAGGAACAGGCUCGGCAGAUUUAUCGGCGUAUAUCUGGUGAUCGGUACCUUGGCGAAGUCCCUCUGUUCAGUGCAGGUUGGGUGGAACGAUUUAAAAAAUGCUUUAGCAUUUCUAAACAGUCUCUUAAAAGUAAAGGGUUGGUUAGAGUGAAUGAUGAGAUAGAUGCUAAAAUGUUAUUUUCUAGGGUGCCAAAGAUUGAGAGUGACGCGGGUUCCAUGGGGCCGCUGUUUUCAGAGUUAGGUCCAAGAGAUGGCGUCAUGGAUGCAAAUAACAUUGUUCCCAGCGAGGUCCUGUCAAAUGUGCUUGACCCGAGAGAUGGUGGUAAUGACGAUGCAGUUAACGUGGCUGCAGCUCGAGAAUUUAUUCCAAAGCUAUUGGAUUUGGGAGAUGGCUAUAGCCCUGAUCAAGUGUUCAAUGCUGACGUGACUGGACUGUACUGGAAGCGUCUUCCAAGUGGGAUGUUUAUUGGUGAAGAACAGUGGUCGCCAGAGUUGCAAGCUUCUAAAGACCCUCUGACACUACUGUUGUGUGCCAAUGCUUCUGGCAAUUUGAAGUUGAAACCCAUGCUGAUCUAUCACUUGCCUCAACCUUAUGCUUUGAAGGGCACUAUGAUGUCUAGGCUACCAGUCCUCUGGAGGUCUAACAAAAUGUCAUGCCUAACUGCUUUUUUAUUGGAAGACUGGUUUGUUAAUUACGUCAUCCCUACAUUACAGAAUUAUUUCCUACGGAAGAAUCUCUCCGAAAAGGCCUUAAUUUUAGUGGAUAAUGCUCCUUGUCACCCAGAGUACCUUAAUGACAUCCAUGACACGAUCAAAGUCAUAUUCUUGCCUAAGCAUGCCACGUCCCUUAUACAGCCUAGGGACCAAGGUGUUGUUGCCCAAUUUAAACGACUGUAUUUAAAGUCAAUUUUGCAGAAGCUUCUGUCGGCAAGUGGAGGUAAACAUGCCACUUUGGCGAUGGAUUUCUGGAAGUUGUACACAAUUAAGGAUUGCAUUGUGUGUGUUCAUGAGUGUUGGUCUGCUGUAACCAAAGAGACGCUGAAUUCAGUGUGGCAGAACUUGUGGCUAGAUGUUGUCAAGGACUUCCCUGGCUUCUCUGACACCAAACGAGAGGUGCAAGAAAUUGUUGAUAUUGCAAGGAGCAUUCCUAGUGGUGGCUUUAGCAAUAUUACCAGAGAAGAUGUAAAUGAAUAUCUCGAUUCUCACGGGGAGGAGCUCUCAGUCGAUGAUAUGAAUCUUCUGUCAAACAUUAAGGUUGAGGAAUUGGCAGCAAACUUCUCGGCUAUGCCCGAUGUUGCACGUCUACAAAAAGAAGAUAUCAAGUGUAUCUUGGAACAGCUGCACAGAACACUGGGUGUUCUAAACCAGGAUCCUGAUGUGGAGCGCAGUGCAAAGGUCUGCUCCCUCAUUGCUAGAGGCAUUUCUGUUUACACCGAAGCCUAUUUGAAGCAUUGUCCUUCAAAGGAGACGGAACGAACGUCGUUCACAACACCGAAAGAUUGUUAGCCUCGCUGCCAGGUUAUUCUAGCUUGACACAUUCCUUGGUGUGUCAGCUAUUCCGAGACACUUGUAAAGUGGUCUUUGAAAUUGGUAGUUUCAAAAUAUAUUGUGUACAUGCACAGCAAAAUGGUUGACUCAUCCCGUCAUCUGCUGUUUUUACACCUAAGUAAGUUUUCAGGUGUACUCGCCUAGUACUCUCUGCGGUUAUUCACUUUGUACUAGAUACACAAUUUACUGUACCAAGUAUUACAUUUUUCAUUACAGUGCAGUUGUUGCCCUCUGACUUGAUUUGUUACUUUAUUUCCUCUACUUGUACUAUUUAAGUUUUCUUCUCCCACAAAUUUGCUAGGGACACUUAGUUUAACAUUUGGGAUUUUACUUGUAAGAAUAUUAGAAUAAAGGAAGUUGUGCUAAAACAUGGAUGUAAUACAGCAUAACAAAAUACACGGCCCAA